AAUAACCGCAACAGCAAAGUGAAAGAAAAUCGGUGAUUAUAGUACCGAACACACCCGCCUCUUGGGCAUCGAGCCACUUUCUAUUUCCGGAAAACCUUUCUUUACCUUCUACUUCUACUCCUACACCCCCUCUCUCAAGGAAAAAAAUCCUCCACAGCUAUCACUGGUUUCACAGUUAACUAUAGGGUUGCCCUUCCUCCAUAAAGAAGUUUAAUUUCAUGGAUGAUUGUCCUCAAAAAUUAAAAAUCAUCCCUGAUCACUUUCAAAUUCCAACUUCAAGUAUAGAAUCUAUAGAAUCUUCUCAGAGCAGACAAUUAUCUACUUCCGAAGAACCUGGAAUUGAUCAAUCUUUAAGGUCCUCCCCCCAUCUGUGGACUCGAAGAAAACUCAGGAGAACUUUCAUGUUAAACUUGUUUACUUUACGAAAACUAUCAUGGGGGUCCGAUACUGGAGGUCAGGAAAAGGUUGAGCUAACAGCUGCAGAAGUAGAGUCACUUCGAUCGGAGCUUGCUGAUUUAGAGGAGAGGGAAGCUCACUUGAAAGCUCAGUUGCAACAUAUUGAUGAAGUUCUGCGGUCAGCUCGUCUAUCUGGCUAUUUAAACAUUAGAACUAGAUGGGCGGCACUUCCGGGAGAACCCCCACCUAUAGAUGAUACUGAAGUAGAUGAUUGGCUUCCUCGCUUUGUCGUUCUUCAUGGAGCAUGUAUAUUCUUAUAUUUGUUGUGUACAGAUAUAAGUCCUCAGGACUCAACGCUUCUAUCGGAUAUUCUUGAAGUAGGGAGAUUGCCUUGUUUUAAGCGUGAAAAUGAUGAUAUUCAACAUGCCUUUUAUAUUUUAACUCGCCACGGGUUUCGCUAUGAGUGCUCAAGCAAUUCUACGAUACAGGUGGACUCUUGGUUAACAGCUUUACAAAGUUACACAAAAUUAGAGUCUGAUAGAUCUGUUCCUAAUGGUUCAAUUGAGAUAUUGAAGACAGGUGCUUUGGUUGUCAAUUUUGGCUCUUUCCGAAGCCUGAUUGAGCCUUGCUAUCUGGGUCUUAACAUGGCCUCACACCUCUGCAAAUCUGCUUCCAGAGCCGCCAGGUCUCUUCUCUCCGCUUCAUUUCACUCUCAAGGACGCGCUGUAGCGGCGGCUUCAGCUGUUGCAUCCAUCACAAAAAUGCCAUUAUUUGCUUCAAAUUAUGGGAGGAGGACAGCUUCUGGAAAUGGAUCUACCUCAUGGAUUGCUGGAGCACUCGCUCUUCCUGCUGCAGCUUACAUCCUCCAAGAUCAGGAGGUGCAUGCUGCUGAGCUGGAGCGCACCUUCAUUGCCAUUAAGCCUGACGGAGUUCAAAGAGGACUGAUUUCAGAGAUUAUAUCUCGUUUUGAGAGGAAAGGCUACAAACUGGUGGGAAUUAAAGUACUGCAUCCUACAAAGGAAUUUGCCAAACAGCAUUAUCAUGACCUAAAAGAAAGACCCUUCUUUGAUGGCUUGUGUGACUUCCUGAGCUCUGGCCCUGUUAUUGCAAUGGUGUGGGAAGGACAGGGAGUUAUUGUCUACGGCCGUAAACUAAUUGGAGCCACAGAUCCACAGAAAUCAGAGCCAGGAACCAUUAGGGGUGAUCUGGCUGUUGUUGUUGGAAGAAAUAUCAUCCAUGGGAGCGAUGGUCCAGAGACUGCAAAGGAUGAGAUUAACUUGUGGUUUAAGCCAGAAGAAUUGGUUAGUUUCACAAGCAAUUCAGAGAAGUGGGUAUAUGGUGAAAACUGAUCGGACUCCCUUCUACAUGAUUGAGUUUUUGGAAUAAAUUAUGUCAGGAAACGGCAACACUAAAUGAACUCUACAAGCCACCAAUAAGGGGUUGAGCAUAAUAAUGUUAGUGCUAGCAUAUAUGUCAUUCUGAUAGGAAUUUUAUUGUUUCAUUAUCUGUCUUGUCUUCUUUAGUCUGAUGAAAACAAUCUGUGACAAUUUGUUUGAUGUUAUAAAUAAGUCAGAACAGGUAAGGUCAACAAUUAUUUUUUCUAAAAAAGAAUAAUGAUCAUUUGG